UCAGUUGUCACUCCGACGUGUGCUAAAUAAAUACAUUCUUUUUGUUUUGUAAUGUUUCCACAAAAUUAAGUUCAUUUUUUAAUUUCAUUUUCGAUUAUGUCCAAUUCCUGCUUUAUUUUGAUGCGCCUAAACAAAUCCACAAAAUGGAAGAGGAACCAAUCGAAAAUGAUUUAGAGGAGCGUAUGUAUGCUGCUCUGCAUUAUGUAGACGACACGCAGCCGGAUAUUACCAACCAAAAGUCUUCUACACCUAUUUUUGAUAAUGCACAGCAGAGCACGAUUCGUAGAUACUGGCGCACCAACGAAAAUGUUACAUCUUACAACAAGUCAUACAACAACAAGCCUAACACGUCGUACAGCAAAGUGAACACUCCAAAUGUAAAGGAAACUGACAAAUCAGAGACAAAAUGCAACGAAAAACUUUCAUCAGAGCAAGAUGGUAAAUUGUCGAUGUUUCAACUCCCCAUACCAUCCAACUUGAAGCCUACCAUCGAAAUAUUGGACACCGAAGUAAAAAGCUGUGUUGUGGAAUUAGAAACAAGCGACGAAGAUGAGGUUAUUGAGGUUGAAUUACCACCAAAACCCACCAUCACCAUCGAGAGCUCGGAUGAAGAAGACGUUAUCACCAACACAGAACCCACAAAAGAAAAUAAGGUGGCAGAUGAGAAACUCAAAAGUGAAGCAGACCGAGUCACUAGUCCUGUGCCGUCGGUUGUCUCCUCCAUUUCAGAUGAGUUUAUUCGUGGAGAUUGUAUUGCACUAAAUAUAACAUCAAAGAACAAUCACUCCACAUUAGAUUCCACUACACUAUACUCCGCUCUAGGAUCUGAUCAGGAGCAGACCCCAGCCAAGAAAAAUAAAAAGAAAAGAAAAACUAAAGAUGCCACCUCAACUCCGGUAUCCACUAAAUCAACAACACUCGAUGAAUGUUUUGCAACACCUAAGAGCAAAACACCUAAGGAAAAAAAUAAAAAACAAAAAACAAAGUCAUAUCAAGUCACACACAUUAGUAUUCCGAGUGCAGAUGUUUACGAUUCAGACAGCAAUCAGUCUAUUGUUGAGACUAGCAAACCGACAAGCUACAAAGUUACCGACCGAAGCCUGCCGAGCACAGAUGUUUAUGAAACUGAUUCCAAUCACUCUGAAAACCAAGCCAACCUCAAUAAAUCCAAUGACAUUAUGGUAAGCGAUGUGGAUAGUUCCGAACAUUUAUCGGAAACUGAGAAUGUUGUCACUCCACAAAAAGUUCCUGAGAGACGAAAGAGUGUAAUCGAUUUAACAGAAUCAAGGCAUGAUGAAUCAGUCAACAUAGAGGAGAGUAUUGUGAUGGCUAAUGUGACUGGUUUCUCUGACAACACUAUUACAAUUGAGAACCAUUUGGAUAAAGGCUUAGAUGUGGAAAGCUACCAUUCAAAAUGUGGGUCCACCAAAAUUCCAGCUAUCUUAUACGAGGAUCUCGAUUUUGACAAUCUCAAAGGGAACAAGGUGGCCAAGAAACGCAAAUACUCUCUUACAGCUCUACGAGCUGAAAUGGAGAAGUUUUACAACGAAAGUUGGGGUGGGGAGAACUUUAAUCACCGUGAAAUACAGAAAAAUAUGUCCAGAGAUAAAAGCUUAUGGGCUAUAGAUCCAAAAGAUAGAAUGCCAGCAUUAGCUAAAAGGAAAACAAUGUGCAAUGUGUGUAACCGUGUUGGUCACCGCGACGACACGUGUCGGCUAAAGACGCCCAUCUGUCACAUGUGUGGCGUGAUCGGUCACUACGAGCCCCGCUGUCCCAAGAAGAUAUGUGUUAAUUGCGGCUCUCCCAACCACGUGUACACGACGAUGUGCCGCAACUGCUGCAACUGGCACGCCAUCCGGUGCGCGGAGUGUGGCCAGCACGGACACCCCGCCAGCCACUGUCCCGACGUGUGGCGCCGCUACCACAACACCAUAAGCUCAAACGUUCCUCUGGAAGAGAACAGGCAAACAAAGAGGCAAAAUCAAAUGUUCUGCAGUGGUUGCACGCGGCGUGGACAUCUUGUACACACAUGCCGGCUCUCCAUACCCUUUGGAGAGCUGCCCAUCUACUCCCCCUAUGUCGUGAUGUACCGACCCGUCUAUAGACCCACCAGAGACCUCGCACCACAAGCAGAGUCAAACAAACACAAACAACAGAAGAAGAACGACUUCAAUACGCCUAAAUCCGACCGUAAUAAACGACAGUCAAAGUCACCCGUUUCCCACGAGUUCCAGAACAAAAAACGCAAUCUGGGAACACCUGAUGAUGCUAAAAGUACUUCAAGUGAAAAACAAAGGAAAAAUUCUCAAUCCAAAGAAAAUAAAAACAGCAGUGUUGAAGUCAAUAAAGCUAAGCAGAGUACCGAUAAAAAGGAAAGCGACAGUCCGCCGGAUUACAUCGCCGUGUCCUCGAGUAAUCACGACGAGAAAGGCCAGGUCAUUCAGGACAAUGAGGUGUCUGACACCAGCGAAGUGAUUACAUCAGCGAGAAUAUACAUCACCAAUGAAAUAGUGGACUCCCUAAAAACGACAGAUGGGUGUGAAUGGCUAAAACAGGCGUCCGCUAGAAAUAAAAUCGUCGUGGAGAAUACGGACAAGAACUUCUACAUUAGUAUUAAGGGCACCGUUGGCAACCAGGAGGUCUUCCAAACUGAACUGAGGGAUUGGAUCAAAAGCAAGCAGCCCAAGGAGCCCCGCGCCUCCGAGAGCGACGCCAAUAGCACAGCCGACGUCGACGAGCAGACGAUGUGCGACAAUAUUCCCAAGAACAGAAACAACGUGCUGAGAAAAAUUAAGGGUGCGCUGGAGUCGUUGAAAGCAGACAUCGGCGACCCCAAAGCUCUCUACAAGGAGUUAACUUAUCUCCAGAAUCGCCAGCAGCAGCUGAUGAAGCAGCACGUGGUCAGCCCCAAGCAGCUCUCCAACAACAGAGGCAACAUCAGGAUGAUGCAGAGGAAGUUGAACAUGGUGCUGUUGGGCCAGGCAGGGCUCGCAGACGGCACCAAACACGUCAACGAGCUGUGCUCGCUGCAGGAGAAGGUCACCAAUUACAGGAACAAGAGCAUUCCGCCCUCCCUGCGCCAGGAGAUCGGUGAACACUUCCACACCCUGUUCACGACGCCCCGAGACGACUACCAGCAGCUCGUCAAUAUGUACUACAACAGGAGCCCCGUGAAGGCACUCACUAAAGUUAAAAGGAAGAAGUUGAAAAUGACCCCUGAUAUCUCGCAAAACAGAGGCGACCAAUUCACUCCAAGUAAGGAGGUAAACCAGGACGAGACCAACGGGAGCCAGCUAUCCAAAAUGAAACGUAGACUCUUCAAGAAUACGAAGAGCAAGCUGAUGUUUUUCAAGAAACGGUUGGAGAACACCAAGCCCGCCGACCCCGCGACUAAGACGGCGAUGGGCCGAGUCAUGAGAGACCUGCAACGUCGUAUUUCCUCGUUUGAUGACAUUGAAAAAUGCUCGAAUCAAGAUGUAAAAAAGAGCAAGAGAACUCAGCUGCAGGCGAAGCAGCUGCUCAGGAGUUUGGAGAUGACACCCGCCACUGCGGGCCCCCUCGUCAAGAAAAUGAACGUUUAUCGUAUUUUCAAUGUUCCUAUUUCUCGCGUAUACACAGUGCUAGCGGUGUUGUUUUGGUUUACAAACUUCAUUACAGCGCGGAGGUUUAAUGCGGAUCGUUUUUAUCCCGAUGUGGACUACGAUGGACAGCAAUAUGCUAACAUAAACGCAGCGCUACAAAAUUUGGAACACGAACCGGAAUGGGUGCCAGAUUGGCCUAAUCCUUCAGUGAAGCUGGGCCAAGUGUCUGGUGUAGCCAUUGAUCCCUCAGGCCAUGUGCUGGUCUUCCACCGAGCUGCCAAUGAAUGGAAUGAUAGGACUUUCAACCUUCACAAUGUGUAUCAGAACAUCGGAGAACCACCAAUACCUGAGCCGACAAUCCUUGUCUACAAUGAAACUGGAGAGCUUGUGGACUCGUGGGGACAAAACCUCUUUCACAUGCCCCAUGGGAUCACAGUGGACGGUCAGGGCAAUGUGUGGGUCACCGACGUGGCUCUCCAUCAGGUGUUCAAGUUUACACCUAAUGAAAAGAAAGUUCCUGCAUUCAUUAUGGGCCAGAAGUUUGAGCCAGGUGAUGAUGAUCAGCAUUACUGCAAGCCUACGUCAGUUGCUGUCAUGUCUUCCGGAGAAUUCUUCGUUGCAGAUGGCUACUGCAAUGCCAGAAUAAUUAAAUACGCCCCCGAUGGAUCUAAACUACUGGAAUGGGGUAAAUUGUCGGGCACAUCCCAGUAUUCCCUCCUGGUGCCUCACGCGCUGGCGUUAGCCGAGGAUCGCGGCGAGCUGUGCGUGGCGAACCGCGAGCGCGGGCGCGUGUCAUGCUACAGCGCCACCGACGGCACCUUCCGCGCCAGCUUCUCCAACUGGCUGCUCGGCCAGCGCCUGUUCAGCGUCGCGUAUAGCCCGCUACACGGCGGUCGUCUCUACGUGGUGAACGGCGCGGGCUACCCGCCGGUCCCGGUGCGCGGCUACGUCAUAGACUACACUACCGGACGGCUCGUCGCGACGUUCGCGCCGCCCGGCGGCCUGCGCUCCCCGCACGAUGUGUGCGUCACGCGCGGCGCAGUUUACGUCGCAGAACUCGAACGGCGCGUGCUCAAGUUCACCGAGAACGAUACGUUCACGCCGCCUCCCGCGAAACCCACUGCUACUGUUGAACUCCACGGCAACGUGACGAUGGACAAGCUGACGCACGCGGGGUGGGGCUGGGACGCGUGGGGGGCGUGGGGCGCGGUGGCGGGGGCGGCAGCGGCGGCGGUCGCGCUCAUAGCGCUCGCCCGCGCCCGGCACGCCGGGCGCAAAGGCGGCGGGCGGCGGCGCUGGGAGUACGUUCAGAGCGAGUUCAAGCUGCGACGGCUGCUGGAGCGGCGGCGGUUCACGCGCGUCCACUCCGACGACAGCGACGACGAGCCCGCGCCCAUGUUGCCUGCGCCCACCGCCUGA